GAAAUUCCAACAACCGGAAACCGCAUUUGUCGUUAACUCUUGGACUAGCGAGGAUCAAGCGAGCUAAGCUAACAAGUUUAUGUUUUAGCAAACACAGAGAAAGGUGAGUAGAGGUGACCUUCUGUGGACAGCUAUACGCUUGCAGAAAAACGUGGCCAUAAAUUUAUAUGAACGGAAAACUCAUUUAUUUCCUCACUUUAUGUACGGUACGUGCUAAUGCUAACGAAUGCUAGCACAUAAGUAGCCUGUAAGCUAACGCAAAGAACAGGCGAGUGAAGCAAACACAAGAUAAAAACAUGGUUAUAUGGAAUUAAGUAUAAGUCCUUUUAAUAAUGUCGAUCAUAUUUAGCUGCUGCCUCUUGUUAGUUGUUCUCGCAGUAAGGAUGUACCGUGUGUGUUUUGGUUGGUCAGGAGGAUGAGCAGCUCGGAGGAGGUCUCCUGGAUUUCCUGGUUCUGUGGCCUGAGAGGGAACGAGUUCUUCUGCGAGGUCAGUCCACCGGAGCUCCUGUUUAGAUUAGAACCAACUUCUUUAUCUAUUCACUACGACGAGAUGUCUGUAUCUGUGAGACUGAGCUUUAGUAAACAUGCACCUUAGAAACUGAAGCUAACGUUGUUGGGUCAAGGUGGAGGGAUGUAGGGGAGAGUGGGGUUAAGAUGAACCAUUUUUCAUAUUUCAGAUCACUACAUCUAGACAAUUAUAGUUUUGUCUCCAACAAGUGUAUCUGCAUAUAUUUCAGGAUGUUGUGCAUUCCUGCAAACCAACAGAACUGUCUUGAUAAUAUAGCAUGCCAAAAAAAAGUGGUCUCUUAUGGUUGAAAAGGAAAAGUAACACAUUUCAACAAUCUGAACUGAAACUCUGAUCCUCUCAUCAGACUCCUUUACUUUCUCAGUUGAGUCACUGGCUCAACUUACCCCAGAACUACGAUUAUGACUUUAUUAGUCCUCUAAGCUAAAAUGGUGGACUUUUAUACUAGGUUUUUGACCUGAUGUUGUAGCUCAUAGAUACCACAAUUGAUGUAUAAAACAAAUUUAAAAUGAUCUUUUUUGGUCUGAACACAUUUCUAAUAAAACUUAUUACAGACUAAAUUCACUUUCAAGAGUGAAAAAUGUUUAUUUGGAAAUAAAUGUCUAACCCCUGCAGCCAUGUGCUUCUAACCUUCACAGACUCCAUGAAUUGAUGCCCAUCUCCUAAAUAUUUGGUCACAUGAUCAAUUUCUUUUACCAUUUCCAAGCAACAGGAGGUGGCUCAACUUACCCUUUGGCUCAACUUACCCCACUCUCCCCUACUCUACAACAUAAACUACAUUCAGCAGACCAUCCCACUCAACUCUCCUGUUUGCUGCUAAUCCAUUUCACCGAAACUCUUUCAAAGUCUCUUAAGAAGAGCCAUUAACAGGAAAAUGCUCAUAGAGAAAUACCAGGAAUUGUGUUGUAAACAUAGGCAUCUCUGUAUAAUGGUACACUGAAAGACUUGAACUCACCCAAUCCAACUCUAAUUUUAACUCCUUGUCUUCAUUGGCAGCAUCUCAGUAAUCUUGUUAAGUUCUUAUAUAAUGCUUUCACAUCACUGUGCUGCAGUAAUGUGCUGUGGCACUCCUGAUUGAUUGAUGCCACUAAUAGCUUUACGCGGUCCUCCUUUGUCUUCCCUCAAAUGUUGCAGGUUGAUGAAGACUAUAUUCAAGACAAGUUCAACCUGACAGGUUUGAACGAGCAGGUGCCUCACUAUCGCCAGGCUUUGGACAUGAUCCUUGACCUGGAGCCAGGUGAGAGAAGAUCACGGAAGGAGCAUUUCCCUCAAUAAAUAAAUGAUGCACGGCGUUUACACAAACUACUUUAAUUUUACAGAUGAGGAACUCGAGGAUAAUCCCAAUCAGAGUGAUUUGAUAGAGCAGGCAGCAGAGAUGCUGUACGGGCUUAUUCAUGCACGUUACAUCCUCACCAACAGAGGCAUCGCACAGAUGGUAAGCCAUUACCUAAUACCUUCCAACUCUAACAUGCUCUAUGGCGAGAUCCAACACUGAUUUACAAAUUGAAUGUCCUCCGUAGCUGGAAAAAUAUCAGCAAGGGGAUUUUGGGUAUUGCCCCAGAGUCUACUGUGAGAAUCAGCCAAUGCUUCCUAUUGGUAAGUCAGACUUUUUAUACAAACCACUACUUGCAUUUAUUCUCUGACAUAAAUAAGAUGCUGCACCUUUGACUGUGGAGACUUACUCAGCUAUCUGGGGUCUAAUAUCACAUGCAGGAUUGUCAGACAUUCCAGGAGAAGCAAUGGUGAAGCUCUAUUGCCCAAAGUGCAUGGAUGUUUACACCCCCAAGUCCUCUAGACAUCACCACACAGAUGGAGCAUACUUUGGAACAGGUUUUCCCCACAUGCUGUUCAUGGUGCACCCAGAGUAUCGUCCAAAGCGGCCAGCCAACCAGUUUGUGCCCAGGUGUGUUUGUUACACUGUAUAUGCAGUAAAUUCAGUGAGCGUGAACUUUUUGUCUUUUAUGUAUGAAUGAAGUGUUUGAUGUCCUGAAUCCGAGCUGGAUCUUGAAUGUAGUGUCAGACUUAUAUCUGACAAAGGUCUGUGGUACAAGCUGCUGGCAGUAUGAGUUAUAUUCAAGUUCUUAGUCAUUUCACAGUUUGCUUAGACAUCUGCUCUGAAUCUCUUGACAAAAACAACUGUUUCUGUUUUGUAAUUUACAGGUUAUAUGGUUUCAAAAUCCACCCAAUGGCUUAUCAACUCCAACUUCAAGCUGCCUCAACUUUCAAGAGCCCAGUCAAGACAAUCCGCUAAAACUCUGUUUGGAUGAUACAGAGUGGAUUCAAAGACUUUGCUGUUUACUUUAUAUUUGAAGCAGGAUUAUAUAUUUCCAGUGAAUGCCUGUACAGUUCCCCAAUCUCAUCCCUGUUGAAAGACACACGUCCUCCCACUUUAGGUAGAAAACUGUUACAGUUGAUCAGUUCAGAUUUUCUUUAUUAAAUAAGUACUUUUUCCAAAAUGAUCCGUCUCCUGGAACCAUGUUUUACUUUUACUGAUGUAGGUGUGUGUUUUUGUAUUAAAGAGUUUUCUCCGCAACAGAAAAGUGAUUUUCAGUUAGUGAUAAUUUAGUGUCAGGAGAUUGAAUGUUUCAGGAUUUGCCUUAUCAGUGACGGUCAUUCAGUUUUUUUAAAACCUCAAAUCUUAUUAACUUGAGCUGCAGAAAAAAUAUAGAUAAUAGGCACACGAUUUGAUUCAGUUUAAAGGAAGGAUUUCACCCAGUUACAAAAAUAAUUGUCAAUAUGAUCAAGUAACUCCAGUAACUUUCAAGAAAGAAAGACUGUCAAAUAGAAGAAAGAGACCAAGAAUAUGUCAGAUUUGGACUAAUUCUUGAUUAUGCGUACAUUAUAAAACAAUUAAUUCUUGAAAUCUAGUGGCUGUUUGAGUACUUGAUUGAGAAACGACACAUUUUUCUGAUGAUCCUGGAGUUUUAUCACAGCUCUUUAGUUUUAAAAGAUAUGAUAUUUAUCUCUGAGUUUUUGUGUUGGUUCAACAUGAAUUAGCAACUUGUGUAAAAUGAUGAACCGGCAUUAAAUAUUUAUUUCUUACAGAUGUCUUGCUCAUA